AUGCAGAAUAACAAUGCAGUGCAAUAUAGUAUAGAAAAUAUAAUGAAAAAAAAUAGAGACGAAAACAAGUAUGUAGAUCUUUGUGAUAUAAAAGCAAAUAAUAAUCAUAUAAAGGUUAAUAAGUAUAUAACAUGUGAUAAUAUUACAUUUGAGGGUAAAAAUAAUAAUAAUUAUUAUCAUAAGAGUAAUAGCCACAUUAAUAAUUAUUUUUGUUAUGGUUCUAUAAAUAAAAGAGUUGAUGAAAAUUUAUUAAGUUAUAACGGGAGGAUAGAUGAUUUAAGAAGUGGUAAGAAAUGUGUAUAUUCAGAAAAACAUGGGGAGGAUAAGAAUACAUUAUUAGGAAUGAAUAAGGAAGAUAAUAAAUUCUUUAGAAGUGAGUUUAUAAAAGAUUAUAAUAUGAAUUAUAAUGAUUGUGGACUUAUUAAUAUGAUGAAUAAACAUUAUAAUAAUAUAGUUAAAAAUACAAAUAAAGGAAUAGAAGAUAAUAUGAAUUAUAAUUGUGAUUCAUUAUUAGAAAGAUAUAAUUAUAAUAGUGAAACGAAAAAGGAAAAAAAAAAAGUGUUGAUAGAUAAGAAUUAUAUAUAUAAUAACGAUUAUUAUUUAUACGAUGAUAAUAUAGAUAACGACAAACUUAUGAUUCAUAAUAGUGAUAUGAAAAAGGAAUAUUCGCUUUAUGAUAAAAAUGUAUGUAUGAAUAAAAGUUGCGAUAAUAUAAAAUUUCAGAGUGAAAUUAUGAGAGGAAACCCAAACCAAAACAACAUCAACAUCAACAACAAUAUUAAUAAUAAUAAUAUUCAUAAUAAUAGUCAUCAUAUUCAUAAUAAUAGUCAUCAUAUUCUUAAUAGCAGUCAUCAUAUUCACAAUAAUAAUCCUAAUAAUUAUAAUAUUAUUAAUAAUGAUAUUAAUUCACUUGCUAUAACUAACGAAGAAGAAUUGGAGAAUAGAAUGUACAACUUAGAUUUUGAAGAAGAAAAAAGUGAGUCUAAUAAUUUAUUACUCAAUUAUCCUCAUGAAGAAAAAGAAAGCACACAUAAACUUAAUAUAUACAGCCUUUUUAAUAAAUCCAACAAAAAUAAAAAUAACAAUGCAAAUACUGGGAUAAUAAAUUUUUUAAGAAAUAAAAGAUUGAAUAAAUAUUCUUAUGAUAAUAAGGGAUUAAAAUAUGACUCUACAGAAAUUGAUUCAAAUGUGAAUAUGAAAAAAAAUUACAUGAUAAAGGGUUCAUAUGAUACUUCUCCAAAUUUAAAGGGUUAUAUAUAUGAAAAUAAUGACAUAAUGAAAAAACAAAUCAAUACAAUAAAUAAUUUAAAUAGGUUUAAUAAUGGAAAUGAAAAUGUUAUACAUCUGAAAGAAAAUAAUGAAUAUAAAUCUAUGAUGAAUUCCUUUGAAACAUUAAAAAUAUAUGAACAGAACGAAAAUAACAAACAAAAUAAUAUAUAUCUAAAUAAGAUGAACGAACAUUCAAAAGAUAACGACGACAAAAAAUUUAUUAAUGAUAAUAUAAAUGAUAAAAAUAUUCAUAAUAACAAUAAUAAUAAAAGUAGUAUUAAUAUUCAUAGUAAUAAUAAUAAUAAUAAUAAUAAUGCUGCUGAUAUUAAAAAAUGUUUACAAAAAAAAAUCAGCGAAAGAAAUCCAUUUAGCAUUCACCAUUAUGUAAAACAGGAACAUAUGAGUGCAACUAAUUUAGGAAAUAUAAAUAAAAAUAAUAUUUUACUUAAUAAUAUAAAUAAUAAUUCUUUUGAAAAACAUAACGAAAAAGUAUAUAUUAAACAAAUGUCUAUGAUGGAAAAGAAAGGUAAGGAUAUUUUUAAAACACUAUCAGAAGAACAAAGUGUGCACAAUAUGAAUCAAAAUAGUUUUUAUGAAAAUGAUUUUAAGAAUAAUGCUACAAAUAAAAUGAAAAUGAAGGAAAAUGAUGAUAAUCAUAAUAAUAUUAAUAAUAUUGACAAUAAUAAUAAUAAUAAUAAUCAUUAUAAGAAUGAAAAAUGUGAAGUUGAUUUGAAGAAAAGGAAGUAUGAAAUAAAUUAUAAAGGAUUGAACAAUUCAAAGGUAGGUAAUAUAAAUAAUGAUGAUAAAAUAAAUACCAGUGAAAGGAAAGAAUACUAUAUGAAUAUUAAGAGCGAUUAUCCUAAUAAUGUUAAAAGAAAUGAUAUAAAGAAUAAUGACUGUUUAAAAGAUUUUGAUGAAGAUGGCUCAUCAAGUAAAUAUAUUUCUUCCCAUUCAAUGAAUGUUUCUUCAUGUGAAUCGUACAAAUCCCUUUGUAAGAAUAAGAAAAAAAAAUCCAAAAGUAAUUGUAGGGAUAAAGGAUAUAAUAAUAAAUCAUAUAAAAUUAAAAAUAAUAAAAAGCUAAAAUGUUUCAAGAAGGAACAAAAUAUCGAAGAAAAUAAUUCUCAAAAUGAAAUCUGCAGAAAUUCUUUAAUUGGUUGUAUAAGUUGUAUGUAUGAAGGUACCAAAAUGUAUUGUCAUUGUCAUAAUAUUAAUAAUAAAAAUUUAAAUACUCUUAUUACUAAUGUCAAGAAUUUUGAUGAUUUCUCUAAAUGUUCACCAAAUAAACAGAAUAAGAAUAAUAAAAUUUUAAGUGAACAGAAUAUUAUAACGAAUAAAAGUAUUAAUAUUAGUAAUAUUAAUAACAAUAAUAAUAAUAAUAAUAAUAUUAAUAAUGAUAAUUGUAAUGUGAAUUGUUCCAAUGUUUUUUUUGAUAAUAUAUAUGAAAACAUAAAUCCCAAACGUGAAGAUAGUUCUUUUAAUCUUAAUCAAGGUAACAAUAAAAGCAUUUAUGAUUAUAAAAACAAUUCCCUUCACCAUGAAAUGGUUCAAACUAAUGGCAAUAUUGUUAUUAAAAAUAAUAAUCAUGAUAAAAAAAUAGAAAAAACAUAUCUACUUAAUAAAAUAGUAGAACCCAAAAAUAUUUUAAAAAUGGAUGUAAAUGUGGUUGGUGAUAUGGUUAAAAAAACGAAUCAAACAAAUAUAACAAACACUAAACUAUUAAAAAAUAAUAAUAUAAAUAAUAAUAUGAUAAAGAAAAAUAUAAAAAAUGAAACUUUAUCAAUUGAUAAUAAUGAACAGAUAAAUAAACAAGAUGAUGGUAGUACAAAAAAGAAAAUUAUGGAAGGAAAUCAAAAAAUGAACAAAUUUAAUCUUAUGGAAAAUUUGAUAUAUAACGGUAAUAAUUGUAGAAAAAACUUGGAACAAAAUAAUAUUAAAUUAUUUAAGAGGAACAUAAAAAAUAAUACCACUAAAUAUAUUACCAAGGAUAAUUUUAUUAAAAUUGAUUACAUUAAGCAACAUCGAAUAUUAGAGAAUAAUCAAAAAGGAAUCAUUUUUGAUAUAAAUGAAGAGAAAAAUAACAAUUGCAUGAAUAAGAGUAAUUUUAUAUAUCAUAAUAAUAAUAAUAUAAAUAAUAUUAACAAUAUCAAUAAUAUUAACAAUAUCAAUAAUAUUAAUAAUAUCAAUAAUAAUAAUAAUAAUAAUAAUAAUAUCAAUAAUGUCAAUAUCAAUAAUAUCAAUAAUAUCAGUAAUAAUAAUAACAAUAAUUUUAUAUAUCAAAAUAAUAGUAAUAUGCCAAUUUACUUAAAUGAAAAAAAAGACAUGAAAAGAAAAGUGUACAAUAUGAAUGAAGGGAAUAUAAUAUUAAACCCCUCAAAUAAAUUAAUAAAUUAUAAAAAUGGACUAGGAGGGAAAAAUAAUAAUAUAUGUAUCCAUACACAUAAUUUAAAACUGAAAAAAGUUGAACAAGAUGAUGGCAAAUAUAACAAAAGUAUUGGUACCAUAAUGAAAUGUAAAUUGUAUAAUUUAAAAAAAAAUGUUUAUAAAAAUGAUAGUAAGGUUGUAGACAUACCCAUGAAAUUAAAUGAUUUAAAUAAUAAUUCUUCUAGGAUAUGUACCAUAUCUAAUUUAUUAAAUGAAAAUUCUUCUAUGUAUAAUAAAAAGGAAUGUGAAUGUAAACGUGACAUCUUACAAAAUCAAGAGUUUAUAUCUACCAAACGUUGUGAUAAAAAAGUAGAAAUAAAAACUAUUCUUAAUAGUAAUAUUAAUUUAUCUAAUAAGAAAACUAAGAAGAAAAAAAAUGAAGAUGUUAGUUUAAUCAAAAUUAAAAAAGACGAACUGAUAAUUAAACAAGUUAAAAAGUUAAAUAAAAAUUGUUUACUUAAAAAUAUCCAAAAUGUAGGGAAUAUCAAAUCAUAUAUAAACAGAGAUAUUUGUAAGGCUUUAGAAAAUGUAAAAAGAAGUAGUUAUAAAGUUAACAAUGAAGAUAUUAGUAAUAAUACUACAUAUGAAAAACAAGAAGCAGUUAUAUAUGUUAAAAAUAAAUUAAAUACACAAAGGAAAUGGAGAAGUGAUAAUAUUAUUACAACUAAAGGAAAAGAGGAUAAGGAAUAUAUAAUAAAAUGGAAUAAAAAAACUGGAGUUUCUAUAUAUUAUAAUAAAAACUUAAAUGAAUCCAAUAGUAUAUUGAAUGCAAAUAAUUAUUAUAUAGAAAAAGAUCAUGUUGAAAUGAAACAGGAUAAAUGCCAUGUUGAUAUGGAAUCUUUUAGUAAAAAUGAUAAUACUCAAGAUAUGUAUAUAAACAAAAAUAACAUAUAUAAUAAUAAUGAUAAUAUAAAUAAUAGUGAUCAUAUAAAUAAUUUUAAUUCAUAUUCAAGUGAUAAAAAAAAUAUACAUAAUAGUACACUUCUUGAGGCGUCUCCUAAUGAAAAAAAUAUCAAUAUGGGGAAAUAUAAUGAGGAUCAAAAUAAUAUAUAUUCGAAUAAUAUUAAAGUUGAAAACCAAGAUGAUGUAAAUAAUUCAUGUUAUUACAAUGAUAUGUAUGAAUCUAAUUUAAAGGAAUAUGUACAAAGAAUUACAUGUAAUAAUAAUUUGGAAAAAAAAAAUGAUCAUAAAAUAGAGCUCGAAAAAAAAAAAAUAAAUAAUGGUUCAAAUAUAUACAAUUGUAAUAACGAUGAAGAAAGAAAUUUGCUUAUUAUGAAAAAUAAGAUGGAGCAAAAUAAUUGUGUUAACUAUAUAACCAAUAAAAGAAAUUUGGACACAGAAAAUAAUACAAUAUUGCUAAAUGAUAUAAUAUUAAGUAAUGAUAUAAAACAUAUUGAAAGUAUUGUAAACUAUGAUAAGGAAAAUAUAAAUCAUUUAAAUAAUAAUAUCAAUAAAUAUCAUGAGAAUUUUGUAUCAAAUGUUCGUAAUCAUUAUAAAAAGAAAUCAAUGAAUUAUAUGAACAAAAAGUAUUUUGAUGAUUUAAAUAAUAUUUAUUUUUUACUUGAGUAUUUUACAAACACAUAUAAAACAUGUAGUAAUAAUUUAAAAUGCAUUUUACAACUUCUUAAAUAUGAACUUGACAAAGAAAAAAAAGAAAGUGUAUAUUUUUCAAAUAAUCAAAAGUUUUUAUAUAUUGCUGUUCCUUUGAUGAGCCAAGAUAAUAGUUGUGACUAUAAUAUAAAUGAUGAAGAGAAAAAUAAAGAAAUAAAAAAAAAUGAAAAGAUAGGUGAAGAGGCACCGAAUAGCUCUAUGUUAAACGGAAAGGAAUAUAUUUUAGAAGGUACUACAUAUAAUAUAUUAGAAAGUUAUAAAAAAUCACAUGCAGUAAAUAAUAUUAAAAAUGAUACAAAAGAAUAUAUAGAAACAAAAAAUGAUAAUAUACAAAGUGCUAUUAAUAAUAGUAAUGAUAAUUUGCAUAGUAUUUCCAACAAAAAUAGCAAAUUGAAUGUGAAGAGAAUAUAUAGAAAUAUGAACAAAUGGAUUAAGAAAAAUAGAAAAUAUCCAUUUAAUAAUAAAAAAAUAAACUUUAAAUAUUUGAUUAUGAACGAUAAGAAAAAGGAUAAGAGUUGCAAAUGUUGUAUUAAAAAAAAAAUUAUAAAUAAUGAAAAAAUAUUAUUAAGAAUGAAUAUAUUCACAAUACGACAUAAGAACCAUUUCUAUAAAUUAAAGUUCAAUAAUAAUUUUGUUAUUAAAAGAAAUAAAGUGCUUAAUAAAAAAAAUGGUAAACUAUAUAAAUUUUAUCCAUUCUAUAAUGAAUUAUUUUUAAAAUAUGAGAAUGAUCCAAAUGGAAAAGUAGAGACAAAUGAAAAAUUAAAGUGCCUAGAUAAGACAAUUAGUAAAAAUAUAAAUCAUCAAGAGGAUCAUAAGACGAAUGAUAAGAAUCAUAUUAAUAAUAUGAAUAAUCAUAUAAAUAAUAAUAAGAUCGAUGAUGUUGCACAUACUAAUAUUAAUAACAAUGAUAAUCAUAAUAUGAAUAAUAAUGUUAAUGUGUCCAAUAAUAAUAAUAUUUUAGAUGACCUAUUUUUCUCAGAUGAUGACAUUAAUCUUAUUUAUAUGUAUAAUACUAAUACUAAUAUUGAAAAACAGUACAGCUUAGAAAAAAUAAAUAUUAAUUAA